GAACCACCCCAAAAUUAUUUCUUUGGUUCAAACCCACUAUUUUGAGGUCCCUAAGUAGCGUGGAAGCGUUGUUUGGGUCAUCCAACCAUUCGUUGUAUCCAAUUGCAAACCCUAGGCUAUUGUAAGGUUGAAGAAGAAAAGAUCGUGGGCAGCCCGAAGCAUAGUUUGGACUUAGCUUGAGUUGGAUCAUAUUGGAGAGCGUUUGAGGUACGGACGCACAGCCUGGUGAUCCACCUGUUUAGGACACCCUUUCUGCUAUUCGGAGUGCUCCUCUCUUUCCGGAGCUUAUGCUUUUGUGAUGCCUCCGAAAAAGGCGAUGGCCGCCCAGAAGAAAAAGGGCGUAGUAGGAGAGACCAGCCGGGCUCAGAAGGUUACUCGGACCCUUGCUCAGAUGAUGCGUGAUAUUACGUCCCGGCCAGCCGACUCUGCUACGUCUUCAUCGUCAGAGGAGUCUGGAGCAGCUUCACCAUUAGCUCCAGGGGCUCCAGCUCCCGCGCCUCUAGCUCCUCAGCCAGGGGCGGAGGACAGGACACUGAGAGAGGCUGUGCAGUUAUUGACCACUCUGGUAGCGGGACAGGCUCGCAGACGCGGGCGGAGAGAUGAUGAUGAUGACGAUAGGCGUGACAGCCUGAGGGUUCGAGAGUUCCUAUUAUGUGGCCCCCCAGAGUUUUUCGGGUCUAAGCCCGACGAGGACCCCCAUGACUUUAUUCGGGGGAUGCAGCGCUCACUAGACUUGGUCAGGGCUUCAGAGACUGAGUCUGUUGAGUUGGCCUCGCACAGACUACGGGAUGUUGCUGCUCACUGGUAUGAGUCCUGGGAGCUAUCCAGGGGUGAGGGUGCUUCCCCAGCUACUUGGGACGAGUUCGUGGCUGCGUUUACCCGCCACUUUUUGCCCCCAGAGUUACGGCAGGCGCGGGUUGAUCGAUUUUUGCAUCUGCAGCAGAGGGGUCGGAGCGUUCGUGAGUAUAAUUUGGAGUUUGAUUCUCUGGCCCGGUAUGCACCUGCCAUAGUAGCAGACAUGGCCGAUCGGAUGCACAGAUACGUGAUGGGGUUAGACCGUUAUUUGAUUAAUGGCUGUAUGGCGGUGGCAUUGCAGACAGAUAUGGAUAUCGCCCGACUACAGGCCUAUGCUCUGGGUAUGGAGGACCGACACAGGGCCGAUUAUUCCAACAGAGAUCGGGACAGGAGGCCGCCCAAGAGGGCCAGGUCCGCAGGGUAUUCUGGGGAUUUCCGAGGCAGACAGCCUCAGCAGCAGCAGCAGAGCAGAUAUCCUUCUCAAUCAUCACGGGGUACACCCCCACAGUUUACCCGCAGGAGGUCUGAGGGUGCCGGAUAUUCAGGGGCAGGCCCGAGCUCCAGGGCUUCAGGUUCACAGUUGGACAGAGGUUCCAGCAGUCAGAUGAGGCCACCCAGACCUUUGUGUUCCUACUGUGGGAGACAGCACCCGGGAGAGUGUUUCCGAGCUACGGGUGCAUGCUUUGUUUGCGGCCGUCAGGGCCAUCAGAUGAGAGACUGUCCGGCUAGAGGUGGUACAGGCAGUUCAGCUCAGUCUACCGGGUCGGCCGGUGGUUCAUCUUCAGCCUCGGUGGCGAUGCGCCCUGCGGGGCGAGGUACUCCAGCACCAGCAGGCCGCGGCAGGGGUCGUGGCGGAGCUUCGGGUUCUAGCGGUCCUUCGAACUGCAUUUAUGCCUUAGCCAGCAGACAGGACCAGGAGGCUUCGCCUAAUGUCGUCACAGGUAUAUUACUGGUUUUCUCUCGUGAUGUGUAUGCAUUGAUUGAUCCUGGUUCUACAUUAUCAUUUAUAUCUCCACUCGUUGCUGAUAAAAUUGGGAUAGAAUCCGAACCGAUAGAGCCUUUUGAGGUAGCUACACCAGUAGGGGAUUCUGUUAUAGCCAGUCAGAUUUAUAGAGAUUGUUCCGUGAUUAUCUGUGGCCGCUGCACUAAGGCGGAUUUGGUAGAGUUAGAUAUGAUCGAGUUUGACGUGAUUAUGGGUAUGGAUUGGCUAGCUUCUUGCUAUGCUAAUGUUGAUUGUCAAAAGAAGAUAGUCCGAUUCCAAUUCCCAGGGGAGCCAGUUAUAGAGUGGGCAGGUAAUACAGCUUCGCCGAGGGGUAAGUUUAUUUCAUACCUCAAGGCUGAGAAAAUGAUCAGAAAGGGAUAUAUUUAUCAUCUGGUCCGUGUUCAUGAUUUAGAGGCAGAGGCACCGACUCUUCAGUCAGUCCCAGUGGUUAAUGAAUUUGUAGAUGUAUUCCCAGAUGAGCUUCCAGGUCUUCCCCCCGAGCGGGAGAUAGAAUUUGCUAUUGAUUUGUUGUCAGACACUCAGCCUAUCUCUAUUCCUCCGUACAGAAUGGCACCUGCAGAAUUGAAAGAAUUGAAAGAGCAGCUGAGAGAUUUAUUGGAGAAGGGUUUCAUUUGGCCUAGUGCGUCACCCUGGGGAGCUCCGGUAUUAUUUGUGAGGAAGAAAGACGACUCGCUGCGGAUGUGCAUUGAUUAUUGGCAGUUGAAUAAGGUAACCAUCAAGAAUAAAUAUCCCCUCCCCAGGAUUGAUGAUUUGUUUGAUCAGCUGCAGGGUGCCAGGUACUUCUCGAAGAAAGACCUGCGAUCGGGUUACCAUCAGGUACGGGUACGAGAGGCUGAUAUUCCCAAGAUAGCAUUCAGGACCCGAUAUGGGCACUAUGAAUUCAGAGUCAUGUCUUUUGGGCUGACAAAUGCCCCAGCAGUAUUUAUGGACCUGAUGAAUCGGGUAUUCAGACCGUUCUUGGAUAUGUUUGUGAUCGUAUUUAUCGAUGAUAUUCUGGUUUAUUCUCGGUCAGAGGCAGAGCAUGCGGACCAUUUGAGGACGGUACUUGGCACACUUCGGCACCAGGAAUUAUAUGCUAAAUUUUCUAAGUGUGAAUUCUGGUUAUCUUCAGUGGCAUUUCUGGGACAUAUUAUUGGGGCUGAUGGCGUCCGGGUGGAUACCCAGAAGAUCGAGGCCGUAAAGAAUUGUCCUAGACCUACGACGCCGACAGAGGUGCGUAGCUUUCUGGGAUUGGCUGGUUAUUAUCGGAGAUUCGUGGAGAAUUUUGCUUCCAUUUCAGCGCCUUUGACAAGGCUGACUCAGAAGGGAGCUAAGUUUCAGUGGUCAGAUGCUUGCGAGCGUAGCUUCCAGUUGCUGAAAGAGAAGUUGACUACGGCUCCAGUACUGACUCUUCCGGAGGGUCCAGAUGGGUAUGUGAUUUAUUGUGAUGCCUCUGGUAUUGGUUUAGGAUGUGUGUUGAUGCAGCACGGCAGGGUGAUAGCUUAUGCUUCCCGGCAGCUCAGAAAACAUGAAAAGAAUUAUCCUACUCACGAUUUGGAGUUGGCCGCGGUCAUUCAUGCUUUGAAGAUAUGGAGACAUUAUUUAUAUGGGGUUCACGUUGACAUUUAUCUGCAUCCUUUCUUUGACUUCUUCAGUGCACCGGGAAGCCUGAACAUGCUCAAUCCUCACAUUGAUCUUCGUUUUUAAGAUUUUGUUAUGAACAUGUUUGUUAACUUCAACACCAACGGUGCGUUUAGUAACAUUCCAAAUACGACCAGUACGUCCAUGAUAGAACUGGCAUUACCUUGUGAAUUGCACCAUUCACUUUGUUAUCAACAUAAUCCCCAAUUUUGAAAAUCGUCAAAUAGGUUGAAAGAGGGAUGACACCCUUCUUUCUGAAGGCGUGUGAGAAUGAAUAUCGAGUACGAGAAAUCAAUCCAUGUCCGACCGGCAUUGUGUGUGUGUGUGUGACUGUGCGUAAAGGAAGCAACUGAAACCCUUUUUAGCAUAAAUGAUCAUCCCAUUUGAUAAGAUUACAGAAAGCAUGAUACUUUAAUUCAACGUAGUUCCGUUGUAUUCUUAGAUACCCGUGCUCUUCAAAUCAAUUUUUGCUUAAAAUAUUAAUUCAUCAAUCAAAUGACAGCAGCACUCUGUUUUUCAAAUAUUACUUCUCUUCUCACGGAUGGACUGUCCAGGAUUAAUUUAUGGUGAGUUUUUCUUUAUACUGCUUUUU